AUGCCUGUCGGAGGUGCUGUGUGCCUUCGCCUGGUCGACAUCAGGAUACCGAGCCACGCGGUGCGAAAUCAGAGCGCCAGGCUGGAGUGCCAUUUCGAAAUGGACGGUGAGACUCUGUACUCUGUCAAGUGGUAUAAAGACGGCAACGAGUUCUAUCGCUACGUCCCGCGAGAUAUGCCCCAGACGCAGGCUUUUCCGCUUCCCGGCGUCACCGUCGACAUGCACAAUUCUACUGAGAGUGUGGUGGUUUUGUCUUCAGUACAAUUAUCCUCUACUGGUAUUUACAGAUGUGAAGUAUCAGGGGAAGCCCCGUUUUUUGAAACUGUUACUGAUCACCAGAAGAUGACUGUUGUUGCUCUUCCGGAGGAAGGUCCGAAGAUAUCGGGCGGGCGUCCCCGCUAUCAAGUGGGCGAUACAGUUCGUGUGAAUUGCACGUCGGGCAAGUCGAAACCCGCGGCCCAACUCAAUUGGAUGAUCAACGGAGAAUCCGCCGAUCCCAAGUUCCUCAGAGGACCCGAAACCAUCACCUUAGGUCGCGAGGGUCUGGAAUCGACGAUCCUGGGCCUGGAAUUCCAAGUGAGGCACAAGCACUUCAAGCGCGGCAACAUGAAAUUGAAAUGCCUCGCCACCAUCGCCACCUUGUACCUGGUGAGCAACGAGGAGAGCGUCGAGGGCGAGCGGCCCCAGAAGGCGUCGGUGCUGGAGAGCCGGGGCACCGCGGCGCCGUCCGGAUCCCGCGCCGACAGGGUGCAAGCGGCUUCGAGUCAAGGAUCGGUUUUCCUGAGCGCCUCGCUGUCUGGCCUGUGCUACGGCCUAUUGUACAUGUCUUCUAGAUAAUUCUCCUGCCGGUUUCAUUCGCGGGCUAGUACGUUGACGUAAACACGCGUGUGUUAUACGUGUGAAAAGAGGUAGGUAUACAGGAUGGCUCAUUUUUGGAAUUUUUGCAUUUAUCGGUUGGAGAAUUGAUGGGUUUUUUUGGCGCGUAUGUGACUUUGAACGAGACGCACUGUAUAUAAAACGCCAAAAACAGUGAUGGAAAAAACUCUUCGAUUAUAAUAGAGCGCUGCUUUCAACAUUCCCCCUGUCUUUUUUUGUACAUUGUUCCGUUCCGUUUCGUUUGCGUUACCCUUUUUACCGUCAGUGUAGUUUCAUAUGGCACUAAAAUUGUUCGCUGUAUAAUGUUAUUUUCUCCUAUCUACGUAUGUACGUACGAAGUCGAAUUUCAUCUGGAAUUUUCAUUUGGAGAAAAUUCCGCUCUAAAUUAUGUCGUGUGGAUUCGAAUUAAAAUUAUGCUAAAGGAAGAUAUAAGAAGUUCGACUUUGUUCGGAUGCAUUUUUCGAACUUUUUUGUACAUAUCCUACAUCCUUCAAUGUUAAAAACAAUCAUAUUUACUAGUCGUUCAUCCUUUUGAAGGUUAAUACAUAAUUUAUAUAUUGUAUAAUUUUUAUCAUAAGUAAAUGUAUAACAUAGUAAGUAGCGUGUAUUUAAAAAGUUUGCGUGUCGUUUUCCAAUUUAAUUUUUUAUACUGGAAUUAUUGUAAUCGUACGCAACCAAAUGUUUAUAUUUUUUAUCGUAUCCAAUCCGGUCGGAUUGCGAAUUUGAAGAAAUUAUCACGAAACGACGCGCAAGCGAAAUUUUCAAAAUUUUAAGCACUGACUGUAUUUCGUAAAUCAAUUAUUAUAAUAUUGAAUGGUUCUAUAAACUAUCUAACCCCAAAAAAUGUUUACCUACAUGUCCUAAGAAACCUAGUCUGUAUUUUCUUUAUUUUUUAUUGUUAUAUUUUUCGAAAUAUCGGUUGAUUGUUUGGCAUUUGGUGCUUAAAUGUGUGAACAAAAUCUACAUUGAAACCCGAACGGUAUUCGGUGAACCAAAAAUCCUAAUUAACCCUUCUAUUGCAUAAUUUCAUAGAUUCUAAUAGCAAAUUUAAUAAUUGAAAUAGACAACAAAGGCACAGUUCAUUCUAAACCUGAUGCAAUAUUGCCAUUUUUGGUAAAGCUUCACCACUAAAGAAGGUUUUAAUGUACAUAAAAAAAGAAAAAUCCCUGUGAUCACAAACUAUGUUGGCUGUACAGCCUUAAAAAAUUGUUAAUUAUUAGCGAAUAUUGAGUGUGUAAUAAUAAUAACCGAAAUUAUUUUGAUCGAGAGUUUAUGUAGCUAAUCAAAUAGUUGAUUUAUUAUCGUAAGAUAUAUCUAUAUACUGAAAAUUAAAUGUAAAUAUAUAUUGUAUAAUUGCUGUAUUAAUAACCUAAUGUUUACUGGCGUUGAAUGCGAGGCAUCGUGGAGUCGAUACUGGCGCUCCGUUUUAAUUAUCUAAUCGACGUUUGCAUCAAUAGAAUAAAAAUUCAAGCUAUUUACAUUAGAUUAGAGAAAUUUAAGUAUGGGAAUCCCCUGUAAGUUAUAAAAAUUAGAACCGUAUAUGGGGUUUAUGUAACUUAGAUUCCCAUCCCUAUGUUGGUGUAUCCUAUAACUUCGAUUCCAUGGCGCUUGCGUUAACGCGCGAAAAAUCUCAAUUUUGAAUUACACUCGGAACUUUAUUUGAAAAAUAAAGAAGAUGGAAAUAAA